GAGAGAGAGAGAGACACACACAGAGAGAGAGAGAGACACAGAGAGAAAGAGAGAGAGACACAGAGAGAGAGAGAGACAGAGACGGACAGAGAGAGAGACACAGAGAGAGAGAGAGAAAUAGGCUACCCGGAGAGAGGGAGAAAGAGUGAGAAGACGAGAAGUGGCCAUUUAAACACACACAAUAAGUUGGAUUUUUCUGGAAGAGCACCGUGCGAUGUUGGAACACUCGUCGGAUCUAGCCCUGGUGCAGAGCUUGUAUGUUAACAGCAUGCGCUGUCCCCCCUCUGCCUCCGCCGCUGGUGUCCCCGUCAGGAAUGAGGACCUAGGAUCUCUGAGCAACGGCAGCAAGAUGAACGGUUCCAUUGAGAACCUGGAAACACCUGACCAUGACUCCAUCAAGAUGUUCGUUGGCCAGAUACCUCGCUCCUGGACAGAAACCGAGCUCAAGGAGCUGUUUGAGCCCUACGGCGCCGUGCACCAGAUCAACAUCCUCCGAGACCGCACCGCCACACCCCCCCAGAGCAAAGGAUGCUGUUUUGUAACGUUUUAUACCAGAAAAGCUGCCCUGGAGGCCCAGAAUGCAUUGCACAACAUAAAGACCUUAACUGGGAUGCAUCAUCCCAUCCAGAUGAAACCCGCCGACAGCGAGAAAACAAACGCGGUGGAAGAUAGGAAACUCUUUAUCGGAAUGGUGACGAAGAAAUACGGCGAGAAUGAGGUUCGGCUGAUGUUCUCUGCUUUCGGCCAGAUAGAGGAAUGCCGAAUUCUCCGUGGACCCGACGGUCUGAGCAGAGGCUGUGCGUUUAUCACAUUUUCUACCAGGGCUCAGGCUGCGAAUGCAAUCAAAUCCCUGCAUCAUUCUCAGACAAUGGAGGGCUGCACUUCUCCCAUGGUGUGUAAGUUUGCGGACACUCAGAGGGACAAGGAGCAGCGGCGCCUGCAGCAGCAGAUGGCCCAACAGAUGCAGCAGCUCAACAGCGCCUCCACCUGGGGAAAUCUGGCAGGGUUGGGAGGCCUCACGCCACAGUACUUAGCCUUGCUCCAACAGGCGACGGCUACCAGUAACCAGAGUACUUUUGGCAACCAGAGUACUUUUGGCAACCAGAGUACUUUUGGUAACCAGAGUUUUGGUAACCAGAGUAGUUUUGGUGGCAUGCAGAGACUAGGAGGUGUGAACCAGCUGCAGCUGCAGAACCUGGCCACAUUAGCAGCUGCCGCCUCUGCAGCCCAAAACUCAGGCGGCUCCACCAACACCCUGUCAGCCAACGGCGCUUUAGGUAAUCUCUAUAACUCAGCAGCAGGCCAGACUGCAGGUUCCAGCGCGGGUGCAGCCAUGAACACCCUGGCCUCUCUGGGCCUGACCCAGGGCCUUGGCGGCGGUCUGACGGGUGCCUCCAUGGGCCUCAACAACCUCAACGCCCUCACUGGGGGAGUCAGCGGUGAGUAUGCCCUCAGUAUGGCUGCUAUGAACGGGGGCCUGGGGGCCUCGAUGGCUAAUGGCUCUGGAGCGAGCUCCAUGGAUGCCCUGACCCAGGCUUACUCAGGGAUGCAGCAGUACACUGCUUCCGCCCUGCCUUCCCUCUACAGCCAGUCCCUGCUGCAGGGUGCAGCCGGCGGGAGCCAGAAGGAGGGUCCUGAGGGGGCUAACCUGUUCAUCUAUCACCUGCCCCAGGAGUUUGGAGACCAGGAUGUCCUUCAGAUGUUCAUGCCUUUCGGAAACGUUGUCUCUGCCAAAGUCUUCAUUGACAAACAGACCAAUCUGAGCAAGUGCUUCGGGUUCGUCAGCUACGACAAUCCAGUGUCUGCGCAGGCCGCCAUCCAGGCCAUGAACGGCUUCCAGAUCGGCAUGAAGAGGCUCAAGGUGCAGCUGAAGCGCUCCAAGAAUGACAGCAAACCCUACUGAUCGUACCCAGGGCAGGGGCCUUCCCCCUGGCUCUGUGUUAGCACUGCUAGGGUAAGUCUAAGUCUGCCCAACCAGCUAGCCAACCCACAACUAGAGCCGAGGCCAUCCGAUCAACACAGCAGAGACUUAUUUCACUGGGGUGUGGCUGAAUGGUGCUGUUGGUGUCACACCAACUCUCACCGCUUGCGUCGUCGAUUUAUUAUUCUCUUAACAGUUACGAUCUUAUCUCUUUACGCGUUUAGUACACCAUCCAUUCCUUACAGUUUCAUGUCAUUUUUAAAAGUCGUAUAAAGUUAUUUUGUUUUUAAAUUUAUGAUUUAUUUAUAGCUAUCAAUGGAGCCAAUGUUCAAGGGGGUCCUCUGUGUCGACUGCUAUAAGAGGGAGCAUCAGAUUUAAUUAUUUCCAUACCAUUUCAUUACCUCUACAAAGUUUUUUUUUUUUUUAAAUACAGGUCGACUAAGGAUCAGACACGCUUGUUACUGUCAAAGCUCUUGGUCUUCAUUCUGUCGCAUUGAUCUGUAUGUGAAGCUCCCUUUUAUGUUCUCUCUCUGCUUCCACCUUUUCUCUCCCUCUUUCUCAAUCUAAUCCAUCAAGUCCGUCAAGCUGCUGGGGCUACCUCUGCUCUCCUCUCUCUCAAAUUCUUCCAAUCAUUCCAUCCAUCUGUCCAAGUCUUCCCUAAAGGGACUGACUGGUUGGAGAUGGAUCCGUGUAUGUCUUAGUCUACCAUACAUCUAGUGAUGUCAUUUCCUGUGUCAAACCUGUGUAUUGUUCUGUGUGUGGGGAAAGCUUGUUCCUGAUUUGCAGUUAUGUUAUGUGUGGUGACUGGCAGUUGGUUGAUUGUGCCUCAUGGUUGAAAGGUUAUUGUGCUGUGGCUCUGUCUAACUUCUCUUUCUCUCCUCUCUUUCUCUCUCCUCUCUACAUCUCUCUCUCCGUGUUUUUUCUUCCCUUUUUUUAGAACAAAUCUUCAUGCCUGUUUGCUCAUCGUUAGCCUAGCAUGUCCUCAUGGUGUUGAAAACCGACUCCAAACUCCUCUUCCUCCCGGCUACUCCUCCUCAUCCUCCCACCAUUGUCUCAAAAGCUCGCCUGACCAAUAGGCUACCUGGGCACACACCCCGCUGACCUUUGACCUAUGACAUUUGACCUUAGCUCAACAUGAUUGGGUGUAUCCAAAAUGGCACCCUGCUCCCUAUAUGGUGCACUGUUUCUACCCAGAGCCUUUUUGACCAGUGCAAGUUACUGCACUAUAUAUAGGGAAGAGGCUGCCAUUUUGGAAACAUAGCUGUUUUUUUGCAUGCAACUUCGUUUUUCUUUGUUCCUAUAUAAAAUGUGAGGGGAGGUCGGUCAAGCAAAAUCAAUGUGAAAUCUUACCUGAGCUCAUUUCAUUUAAAAAAUACUUUGUUUUUGUACAUUUUCUGCAAAUGCGCAAAAAAAAAAAAAAAAAAAACUUGUUUUAAAAGCCUGUGGGAUUGUUAUUUUUGUUGUUUUGUAAUUUGCUUGUUUCUGUUGCUUGUUUCUUUUUUUUUUACCUCUUCUCUCUCAGUAUAAAGUUCACUUGAAAGUUUGAAUACAGGGACUAGCACAGCGAUGUGCUACUUUGUGCCAUUAGCAAUAUGUCUGCUUCUGAAACAGCAAAAUAAUGCUGUGUCCAAAAUGGCACCCCCGUCUCCUAUGUACGUUCACUACUUUUUACCCGGGCCUUGAGCUCUAGUCAAAAUUAGUGCACUAUGUAGGGAACCGGGUACCAUUUUAGACCGCACCCUAAGACCACUCGACUCGCAACACUUAUAAAAACUAGUCUGAAUAUCAACCAGAAUUGCCCCUCAGUGCUCUGUUAGGUUUUUCACAUUUUCAAUUGUCACCAAGGCUGUUUAAAAAAUAUAUAAAAAAAGACUCUUGGCUUUCAUUUAAUGAUUGUGUAUUUGCCUAUUUUUGUUUUAUAAUUUUUUUCAAAAAUAUUUGACGGCACAACGGAGGUAGAUUUGCUCUUGACUACUAGGGGAAAUUACUACCUACUACGAGUCUGAACUUUUUUUAGAAAUGAUUCACAAAUAGACAAUCUGUGGUUUAAAUGCACACUUAGAUUACCUAUAUUUUAUACCAUUGAAUCUAUAGAAGUUUAAAGCUAAGUAAAACAGAAACCCAGGUUAACUUUGGGGUUCUUUUUGUAGAUUAUGUUGUAAUGUCAUCUAGGGUCUAAGUGUAUAUGUUUUUAAAUGGGUUGGGGGGGGGGUCAACAACACAGCCUUUCAAAAGAAAUAACUCGUUACUAGCGGUGAUGUAAUUGAUACUUACACGUGUUGUCAGAAUUCCUUUCUGGGUUAUUUGCUAUUUUUAACCUCUGCAACUUUUUUUCAGUUAAGUAGAUUGUCAUUGUCUCAUCUUGGGGAAUAUAUAUGACUAAAUUUUUUUUUUUUUUCCUACAUUAACAGAAAAUAGUUUAAAUUUAGUGUUAAAUUCUUAUGGUCUUGAGAUUUUUUUUGUUUGAAUUUCUUGUUGAUGAUGUUUUUGCUUAUGGAUGCCUCAUAUUGCAAGAUAAUGUCUGUUACCACAGAAGACAGACGGGGUGUUUUUGUUUAAAGUGCCCAUGUGUCAAACUCACAGUUUUUAUUAUUAUUAUUUUUUUUUGAACUUUCUUACAAUAUGCUUUCAUGUGAGUGCCCAAUUUCUCAACACACACUUUGUUCUGUGACAGUAAGAACACUGGGAGCCCCUGAACGUGAAAUCACACAGGGGAAUUUUUAUUAGAUCUCACACACACACACACACACAACAUAUUUGUUGGUGAUAAGAAAUCCAACAUUUAAAAAAUAGAAAAUUCCUUUCAUUUUAACCGGUCACACAGAAUCUGUGUUAAUACUGUUGAACCUACCCCCCCCCCCCCCCCCACACCAAAAGUGUUGGUUUACACAAGCAUUCCAUGUUUCGGCAUAAAGUUUACUACUCAGAACAGAAGUGUCUUUAUUGGGUUGAUAAUGGACCAGCCUACUUUCUGUUAGUUGUACUGCAGAGAUGAUGGGACAGCGCAAAUCAUUUACAUCCAGCCCCCCCGCAAUGUUGUUCUCCGCCCCAAAGAAAAGUUCCCCCAAAAAUAUGCGUACCUGGUCCCAUAUUCACAAAGCGUCUAGGAUCAGGUUCCACCUGUUCAUGUUAUCUUAUUCAUUAUAUGAUACAAACUCUAAAGCUGAUCCUAAAUCGGCACACCUACUCUACGGCGCUUUAUGAAUACGAUCCAGAAGGCGCUGAACAAGGGUCGUCAACUCAGGGUCCUUCGUGUUUGAGAUUCAGCUCUGUGUGGAAGAUGCCAAGCACUGCCUACGGUGUCCUUUUCUCAACAGACUUGGGAUUAACAAGCCACAAAAGUUUUGGUUAGUUUUUUAAUUAUUUUUUUUUUACUUGCAAAUCACCCAAGAUGGCACCAGUUUGUUGUUGUUUUUUUAGCUUGAAAGUUCUAGCAGCACUUGAGAAGUUUUGAAGUGUUUGUUGUUGAAUGGUAGCGAUUUGGUUUUGUCUGUUUAUAAGCAGAAAUAUUGGAGGCAAUGUAAACUUCUUUUGUUUUCUUUGCAAAUCUGUUUUUGUUUUUUUGAAGCAUGGGUUGGUGGCACUUCCCAGAACUACCAAGGUACCACUAAUAAACAUUAUUUUAUGUUGAAUAAGAUGGGAUGUGCUUUUUGCAGUGAGUUUUUCUAUCCCAAUAUACAACACUCAGUGCCAUAUAUCUAGAAACUGCCUACACAGAUGCUAUUAGGCCAUGGUUUAGGGACUAGAGAUUACUGCAGUUAGGAACGCUCAGUUUGCUUUUCUUAUAAUAUACAUACCAGUGUGUCAUUAAGGCUAAAUCACCUGCUGAUGUGUUUCCCACUUUGAUGUUAUUGCUUGAACUGGUACGUGAUUGUACUGAAUUUUAACACAUUGGCAAGUAAUUUUGUGAAUAUUAUCAUACAUUGAACAACCCAAACCUUUUUCUUUUUUUAAGACAAAUCAUCCUGUUAAUGAGUGGACAAAGUUGAGUGCUUUGCGGUACAGUCACAGACAAUGUAUUGCUAUAAUAUGAAUGCCUAGUUGUCGGGUCAAAUGGUAAAGUUACUGUAUAUUGAUUUUGAUUAAUUGAUUAUAGAAUAGUAAUCCUUUUCACGUUAACCAAAACCUGGGUAGUGUCGCAUUGUUAACAUGGACUAUAUAACCGUUUGUUAAACAAUUUGGUAUGUAGGCUACAACAAACUGUUAACAAAUGUUAGUAAAUAUUUUAAUUGAUUAUAAUGGGUAGUUAUACAACUGUAUUGUAAAGUGUUACCGUAAAUGUUGAAGUAUAAGCACAAUAUAAAUCACACAUGGGUCAGGGUAUAGGAACUAGAAACUCUCACUUCGGGGGCUUCCGUCACAACCAUUUUUUUUUAGUACUAAUUCCAAAUGUCACCCUAUUUCCUGCGUAGUGCACUACUUUUGACCAGGGCCCAUUAAUCUGGUCAAAAGUAGUGCACUAUGUAGGGAAUAGGGUGCCCCUUGGGACUUUUCUCAGUAUCUCUAUCACUGGUCACCAUUUUUUUCUAUUCUCAUACUCUGAAGUGCUGUUUGACAAAGUGUGGUAGCUUUGCAUCGCUUAGAUAUUGUCAUGGUCAAAAAAUCUCUUUUUUUUUUCUGUACCGUUUUUUUCUCUUAUCUGAUGAUUUAAUAAUUGAUAGGACUUCAUGUUCUUCUCCACAUAAAUUAUUUGAUAGAUGUUUGUUGUCUUGAGAAAAGCCAAAGUCGCGGUCCAUCUUCAUGUUGAUCUGUAAAACAUUUACAGUAGUGAUUUUGUUUUUAAUUAAACUUUUGAAAUUUGGGUGGGAUUUGAAGAAAAAAAAAUUGAAAAAAAUGACAAACUGGCUCUUUCCAAUUUCUACAAUACUGGUUGUGCAUAUGUAUUUUGUACCAGUGAAGCUUUUUUUAUAUUGGAAAUAAUUAAAGAAAAAAAUAUAUAUUGGAAAAAAAAAUGUCUGUCCUCUCUAAGGCCCUCGCCUUGAAUGUGCUAGUCUUGAGUUUGGCUUCUUGGUGGUUGUCAGUGAAAACAUUUCUGAUUAAUACGUUUUUUUUCUUAAAUAAAUAACCUUAAUUUUGAAUUAAUUACCUUGCUUUCUACAUGUUCCUCACUUCGUUAUUGUUUCUAUAUUGGGGGGUGGGGGGGGUGGGGAUCCUCUAAAAUCGUGGUCAGUUUCAUGUUAGUGCUGUGCUCUGUCCACAUGGUUAUUAUAAAUGACCAUCUGGGCUUAUUAUAGACAACUUGUAUGGAUAGAUAAAUGUCUUAGUUUAAUAUUUGUUUAGUUUCUGGGCUUUUUCCUUUUACCUGUUGGUAGAUAUUUCAAUUACCCAUAGAAGCAGUGGUGUGUAGUUGGAAAUCAGUCAAUGUUUUAUUUGGUAAAUGUUUGUUCAUGUGUGGUGUGUUUCUUUGCCUCUGUCUCCAAAAUUAAACCAUUUUUCCCUAAUA